AAAAACACCAAGGGCUGUCGAACGCUCGCGAUACUGAUAUGUGCUUCACGGCUGUUCUCUGCAGGCGCUAUACCUGUCAGCAUGUACAGGUCUACGAGCGUCACAAGGCGGAUUGCAACAAGCGCGAUUGUGCCAUUAGUCGCUCGCACAAUCCUGAUGAGCACGAAUGUCUCGCUACGUGUGCUCAGAGGCUGAAGCCGGAGCGACAGCUCCUCACAGACGGCGCGAACAGCGUCUGCGAUACGUGCCUCGCUCAGCAAUGACUAGCGCAUAUGGAUCGAAGGUUGUGGAAUCACAGCACUGACCACUGUCCCGGGGAUAUCGGUCGGCGAUGGAUUGAGAGUUCUCUUCUUUGUAGUGGAUAUUAUUGUCGCUUUGUAAGAGUGAGUUAAGGUUUGCAGGCCAGAUCUAUCAUUGUGUAUCUCAUCAAGAACCUUCAUGUCGAUGAACGUGUGCAGGGGAAGCCUAUAUAUCUGCGAUAACUUGGGUCCUUCUUGCUAUUGCUGAGUUCGGGACACCUGUGAAUCCAGCCCCUUGCCUGGAAGCUCUGCGAA